GCGCACAAGUCCCUCAACUGAAAACUUCAGUUCUGUUUCGCCGAUUUAAGCUUUUAGAAAAAGAAAGAAGAAAUACAUAAAUUAUUUAUUCAAGAACUUUAUGCUGUAUUUAUAUAAUUGUAAUGUCAUGUUCCUCUGUAGCCUUUUUGUAGUUUGAGUAGUAAUAUCUGCUUUUAUUAUUGGUUUUGGUUCAUGGAAACGCUUGGCGCCUUAACAUGUUUUCGAUAUAUUUCUAUUCAUUGCAGCUGACUAAUUAAAGUAGCUAGUACAUAGCUAGGUUGCACUUAACUAAGUACUUACCUGGUUUACAACAUAGUGUGUUCGUAUCGAUAAUUAUCUUGUGCACUUUUUCGGCUAGCGGCAAACCUUAUUGCUUUUGUAAUGAGAUAGAUGCUUUAUCUUUUUAUUACUGUAUUCCACCAUCGAGAGUCAUAAUGGAAACACCAAAUGCGUUAAAAUCAAAACCUGUUAACUGUACACCGGAAAGUUCGGUUAAUGCCGGGCCAAGUGGAUGUAAAACACCCAAGCCCAUGAGCGCUUCAUUGAGGGACAGACUGAAAAGAUCACGACGCUCGUUCAAUGCUCCUUUAUCGGUGGCGAAAAGACUGAAAGUCGACCCGGAGGAAGACAUUAGAACAGAUUCAGCCGGAGUAAAAGAGACUGAGAAUACCGGCACGUCGAACAACGUGUUCUGUGAGAGAGAUCACCAGACUGACAUAGACAUAAACAGAAAUCAGACUGGAAAACCUGCGACCCGUGAAGGAGCCCAGGAGUCGGAGGUGCCAGGUAAUGGCAGGGAGCCUGAGCAAAGUGGCCUGCUGCAGCUGCGUGAGACGCUAAGAAGAGAAGUCAGGGAAAAGACAGAAAUACUGCGCAGACUGAAGAUGGCCAAAAUGUACAGGAGAAAGAAUGACCUGACACAGCUUACAAGGCUCAUCCACAAGUGGAGGCAUUGCUGCCAGGCUGUACUCUAUGAGCUCCAGGUGGCACUACCCAUCAAUGGGCAGGCGGCCAGCCUCAGCCAGCUGCUAGACCACCUGGGCCUGGAGGACCACGUGCUGCACUUUGACCGCUCAGAGGAGAACUUCAGAGACUGAGUAGCUUUCAGUGUGUCCCCUUGUCUGACACCUGUGUUGCUUAUGGUGUCCUGUAAGUUCCUCUAAUAAAAUUUUAUGUUUUUUCUCUA